UACGCAAAUUCCGGUUGUGCAGCAGCCAUUUUGUCUGUUCGGGCAAGUCUACCCUGACGGUUUCGAACUGCAGUUCCACCUUAAGAAACAAUUUAAAAUGUUGUUGUGGCGUUUGAAUUUUCCCUUAUCUGCUAUCUGAGCACCGUAUAAAAUUUGUAUCGCCAUUUUACAGGCCGAAGAGCCUACUCUUUUCGAGAUCAAUCCAUAAUUUGGCGUGGAAACCCCGGGUUAGCUGAGACAUGUCGUGUGAAGAAAGCUACUUGGCUAUCAUACGCUAUCUGACUGAUGAACGGGAGCCGUACGCGCCGGGGACGCCUGGCAAUACCAAACGAAAAAUACGCAAAGCGGCUGCCUGCUACGUUGUGCGAAACGGGACUUUGUUUUAUCAGCGUCGACUGAAGGGUCAAAAUGAUUUUACAGAGCUGGAGGUGGUGCUACAGGACAGCCGGAGGAAGGAACUUAUCAACGAGGCGCACAUUAUUGCUGAAGGAGGGGAGCACCUCAAUCAACAACUCACCUGGGAGACCAUCUCCCAGAAGUACUGGUGGAGAGGUAUCCUGAAACAAGUCAAAGACCACAUCAGGGAGUGUGCUCAUUGUCAGAGCAGGCGAGGUGCUGAUGACGGCUCUGGGACUCGGUUGUUCUCCAGACCAGGGAGACGUAGAGCGGCUGCCAGUGUGAAUGAUGAGGAGGAUGAGGAAGAGGAUGAAGAAGAGGCGGAUGAUGGUUUAUUCCUACCUGACUCGUCUUGUCAGCUGAAAUCCAAGUUGGCCAAGACGAUGGCCAAGCAUGAACUGGUCUUUGUGGACAGUAAAGGCGAGGUAAAUCAGUUCCUCCCUAAGCACAGCCAGACCAUGUUGGACAAACUUAACCACCAGCGCCUCAGCAAUCAGUUCUGUGACAUCACUCUGCUGAUCGAAGGGGAGGAGUACCGUGCACACAAGGCUGUGCUGGCGGCAUGCAGCGAAUACUUCCACGAGCUUUUUAUUGAGAAAGGAGCUGUAUCCACACAUGAAGCUGUGGUCAACCUCUCUGGUUUCACCAAAGCCAGCUUCCUCCCGCUGCUGGAUUUUGCUUACACUUCUCUGCUUACCUUUAAUUUCUGCGUAAUGGCAGACAUCGCCAACCUAGCUCGCCAUCUGCUGAUGACGGAGGUGCUGCAGAUAUGCGAGUCUGUGCAUAAGCAGGUGGAGGAGCAGAAGCUGACGGUGUAUCAAAAAGGAGAUGUGCACACGGUGGUGUCGAGCCAAUCGGCUUCUCAGGAGGGCUCAAAUGACGAGUCUGGUGCCUACGUGGUCACCAUACAGGGUGAUGCCAGGGCGGUGGUCACCCACAGUGGUGUUGCUGUAACAGGCGAGCCCAUAGCUUAUGUGGCAGCUCCGGAAGAGGCCUAUAUCCAUCAGCCCAUGACUGUUGUCACUGAAGCUGUAGAGGGAGACAAAGAGCAUCAUGGUGAGGCUGGUCCAAACGAAACUGUGACUCUGAUCACCCACAGCGGAGAGGCUGAGCCAGGAGAGACUGUCACUCUUAUCUCAGGCAGUGCAGAGGGAGUGGAGGGGGAGACGAUGACCGUAGUCACCCACAGUGGACAGGCUGGAGCCAGUGAGUCUCUUGCCGUGGUAUCGGCCUGCCUUGCGAUGGAGCAGCCACAGGUCGCAGAAGCAGGAGCCUUUGUCAUAAAUGUGGACCCUAACAAAGUGAGCCCUUCAGACGUCAUCAAACUGACAUCAGUAGCAGCCUCCGAAGCCGCGACGCCUCCUCAGGAGAUGGCAGAAUCAGCACCCGCGCCCCAGAAACGCAAACGAGGGCGUCCAGCUAAGGUGAAGAAGGAUGUGGAGGUGGAGGAGUAUGUGCCGCCGGAGGAGGAAGAUCCCUCUGCCGAUGAAAGCCAUGGCGACAAACAGGAUAUGACGUCAGAUGACCCCAACAAAAGGCGACUCAGGCAGCGUGCUAUUGCUCAGGGCGGUUAUGUACGUUUGCAUAUGGGACUGGAGGAUGAAGAGGAGGGGAAGAAAGGUUCGACCCCGCCACGGGUUGCCGCCCCUAAGGUGUGUCUGAAGCCAGGUAAGAGGGGAAGACCACCAAAGCAGCCAGUGGAGACUCAAAGUGAAGGACAGGCUGUGUCUGAGCCUAGGGCAGAUCCAGAGGCAAGCGCAGAGGAGGGCGUGGCAGCAGCAGAGCUUAGCGCAGAUGAUGCCGGGAUGAAGGCGUCCGAGCCAGAGACCGGAACCAAACGGGAUCAAGCCCCAGCAGAGAGUGCUGUUGAUGGAGAGCACACAUGCUCUGAGUGCGGCAUGUCUUUCCAAAGGCGAUACUCUCUCAUUAUGCACACACUAAAACACGAGAAAGCUCGUGGAUACAAGUGCAGCCUGUGUAGUAAAGAAUUUCAGUACGCCGCCUCCCUCCGUGCCCACCUGGCCCGACACAAGCAGCAGAGCAGCCAGCGAGCACCCAUCGCCAAACCCUCAACAGAACAGAGCUCAGAGGGCAAGGUGGACAACGAUUUGGAGGACAAGACUUUAUCGCCGCACACCAAAAGAGAAUUUGUGUGCGACAUCUGCGGGAAGACCUUACCGAAGCUGUACUCUCUGAGGAUCCACAUGCUGAAUCACACAGGUGUGCGGCCUCACUCCUGCAAGGUCUGUGGCAAGACGUUCGCCCACAAACACAGCCUGAAGAUGCACAGGGCGCUGCACGACGUCACCAAACAGUUCCAGUGUGAAUACUGUAAGAAGUGUUUUGUUAGCAAGCGCAGCAUGGAGGAGCACACCAGUAUUCAUACAGGUGAAUCAAAGUACCUAUGCAACACAUGUGGAGCAACUUUCCACCGAGCCUCAGCUUUGAGCAAGCACCUGAAGAAGCACCAGCCCAAACCUGACAUCCGUCCAUUUGCCUGUUCUCACUGUGAUAAGAGGUUCUAUGAAGCUAAAGAUCUCCAGCAGCACAUGAAUAAGCACAUGGGCCUGAAGCCAUUCCAGUGCCAGGUGUGUGGGAAGUGCUACAGCUGGAAGAAGGACUGGUACUCCCACGUCAAGUCCCACAGUGUGGCGGAGCCGUUUAAGUGCAACGUGUGUGGGAAGGAGUUCUUUGAGAAGGCUCUGUUUAGGAGACACGUGAAGAAAGCCACGCACGGGAAGAAGGGCAGAGUGAAGCAGAACCUGGAGAGGGAAUGUGAGCACUGUGGAAGAAAGUUCACUCAGCUGCGGGAGUACAGACGCCACAUCAACAACCACCAGGGAGUGAAGCCAUUUGAGUGUCUGACUUGUGGCGUUGCCUGGGCCGAUGCCCGUUCUCUCAAGCGUCACGUCCGCACGCACACGGGAGAACGACCGUACGUAUGCCCCAUGUGCCAGGAGGCCCACAUCGACGCACGCACUCUGCGUAAACACAUGGCCAAGUUCCACGGGGACAAUCUGCCGGGGAAGAUCAUGCUGGAGAAGGACACCCUCCAGUUCCACAACCAGGGCACCCAGGUGGAGCACGCUGUCAGCAUCCUUGCGUCUGAGCUGCCCCCUGAGCUCCGGCCGGCCCAGGAGCAGACCUCGGAGGAGAUCGAGACGGUGUUGAUCACAGAGGAGACGGUGGAGGCGGUGGAGGCCGUACAGGCUGCGGGCGGCGACGGCUCAGUGGCAACGCUCUCAGACCAGGGCAUCAUGCAGGUCGUGAACUACGUCCUGGCCCAGCAGGCGCUCACGGGCAACAAGCUGGAGGAAGCGCCUGAGGUAAUUCAGACCAUGGAGGUGGAGGUCGCUCACGUUGCCGAGGUCGAGUGACUUUGUGCCAGACGCCAGUAAUUCCCACACAGACUGAUCAGAGUUUCUCACAGUCUGUAUAAAAUGUAACACAGUGUAAAAAGAUGACUAUUUUAUUUGUGAAUGUAAAUACCGUACAAGUGAACGAUGAGCGAAGUAUUUGCUGUUUACUCAGCCCGGAACCAUGUUGGUAGAGAUAGAUAUACAGUGAGAUUGAAUGAGGACUUACAGAUCUAUUCGCGUUGACACUCAGGAGAAACGAAGCAGUGCCGUCACUGGUUUUGGCUAAAUGUGUUUCAUCUUGUCGUGGCUCCGUCUUAUUGCUUUUGUUGGCGACAGAGAAAAACUAGACUUAGACUCCACUCUAGCAGAGUUCUUUACUCCCCCUGCUGUCAGCUUGAAGGAUGCGCGAAUAAAUAAUGUCUACAUUUA